ACAAAUAAGCUUCUUGUAUACAGAAUGUUAUGCUUUCAACAUACUUGGUUUGCUUUUUUCUAUUAAGCUCUACAAACAUACAUACAUAAAGUGAUUUUAGCACAAUUUUUUAAAAUUCUUCUCUCUCGUUUUGUGCUAAAAUUACUCACAUUUUGAGUUGAAAAGCACUCGCGAGAGGUUGUGUCUAAGCAAAACAAGUAUAUUCAUAAAAAAUUACAUGAACAUAACUUUGAAAAAUUGGAACAUAUCGAAUGAAAAAUAUUAAAUUGAAAAUAAUGCAAUUUCAAUAAGUUCUAAACUAUUUAAAUUUCAAAGCAAAAUUGGAAUGAAGUGAUCAUAAGUAUUACAAUUACAUAGCUGUAAAAAUAGUUGUUGUUACAUGUGACACAUUAAAAAUCAAAUGAAAUAAAAUAAAAAUAAAAAUAAGAAUGGAUGUAACGGAUAAGUCAUAUACAUUUAAGAGAGGCUUUGAUCCAACAAGAAUUACAACAAGAGCUAAGCUACAAAAUAGACGCUGUAAAUUAAAUCAGGAGAUUAACAAAGAACUUCGAUUGAGAGCCGGUGCAGAAAAUCUUUUUAAAGCAACUACGAACAAAAAGUUAAGGGAAACAAUCACACUUGAAUUGAGCUUUAUGAAUUCAACUCUUCAAUUACUAAAAGAACAACUAGCGGAACUUAAUUCGGCAGUAGAAGUAUAUCAGCAUGAUGAAAAACAUGAAGAGUAUCUUCCUAUGAUUCCACUUGGUUUGAAGGAAACAAAAGAAGUAGAUUUUUUUGAACAGUUUUCUGAUUUCAUACUUGAACAUUAUUCUGUCGAUCCCUCAAAUUUUGAAGAUUCAAUAUUAGAUCUUAUAGAUACAAGACAGGCAUCACGAACUCCUACAAGAGAUCAAGCUGGAGUGGAAUUACUUUGUAAAUACUACAAUCUUUUGUACUAUGCUGAAAGAAGAUUUUUUCCUGUAGAGCAACGAAAUAUUGGAUUGUUUUUCGAAUGGUUUGAUUCAAUCACAGGAGAGCCAUCAUGUCAAAAAACCAUUGCGCUUGAGAAAGCAUCAAUUCUUUUUAAUAUUGCUGCACUUUAUACACAAAUUGGAGCAAAAACUGACCGUACAAAAGUAGAUGAAUUAAACUAUGCAGUCGAUUGUUUUUUGAAAGCAAGCGGCAUCUUUCAGCAUAUUAUAGAAACUUUUACAAAUGCACCAUCAUUUGAUCUUCAACCAUAUGUUCUCGAUAUAUUUGUUCUUCUAAUGAGAUCACAAGCACAUGAGUGUAGAUUCAAAGUGUUACAAAUGGAAAAUUCAACUGAUUAUGAGAGGCUUUUUAUAGAAUCGAAUUGUUUAAUGCGAGAAUAUGGGAAAAUUCAUUACGACAUACAACUGAAUGGAAUAAACUUGCCGGCAUGUUGGGAGGCUCUGAUUCCUCUAAAGACUGAAUUUUUUAAAUCAUUAUCUCAUGUGUAUUUUGCAAAAAAUGUUGCAAAAACUGAAUUACAAAACAAAGAUGCCAUGAAUGACAAAAACCGUUUGAAAAUUAUAAAAGCACAUCUUCAAGCGUCUCAAUCAAGUCAUGAAGAAAUUUUAAGAUUACAGCGUAUGUGCAGAGAACUGAGAACAAAAAUUAAAAUCUCUAAAGUUCUUCAUGAUUUAGAGGAAUGUAUUUGUAACGAAAUGUAUACAUUACCAGAAAACAUCAAUGAUGAUGAGGGCGAAAUAAUAGACACAACAAUAAAGGAAACGACAUCAAAAUGUAACUUAGUAAAUAUUGCACCUGAUUUUGGUAAAGUUGAAGAUCCUUUCAAAGAACUAGGACCGAUAGCGGUAUUUUCUGCUCGAAGAAGUUGGAGUGCACCUCGAAGCGUAAGACUCCAUAAAACUGAUUAUCAAACAAAAAGUAAUGGCACGGAAGAAUUUGGAUUCUGUAUUAAAAGCAAUUCUCCUGUAAUGAUUAGUCACGUUGACAUAAAUUCUGUUGCAGACCUGGGUGGUUUAAAAGUUGGUGACUUUAUUGUGGAAAUAAAUGGUCAUGAUGCAAAGUAUUACACGCAAGCAGAAGUACUAGAAAAUAUUCGAAUAUCAAUGAAUACAUUAGAUUUGAAAAUCAUCACACCAAUGCAAUUCAUUAGCAAGCCUGGAUUUGUUUCGGAUUUGAUUGAAAAGUCGUUUGCUCAUUUGUCAGAUACUUCUUCAUCUGGAAUAUCGUCUGGUGCAUCAAGUCCCACCAACACGAAUAAAUUAUUGAAAAAUCGAUUUUCAAAUGUUUGGAAAAAUCUGAGAUACAAAAUGAAAUGAAAAUGACAAAUUAUAUGCAAAAUAAACCUUGUUAUUAAGAACAAUUGUGUAGAAAUAAACAUAGAGGUUGUUACAAAAUUAUUAUAUCUCAAAUAAAAUAGAUAUUUAUAUUUGCAUUCGCUUCUUGUUUCAGUUGAUUGACAUUGAUUCAAUAAGAAAACAAAUUUAGAAAUAAUUGAAAGUUAAUAUUUAAAUAACAAGUUUUCAAAAAAAAAAAAAAAAAAGAAGGAAGAAAAUAUGAGAAAUUAAGAAAUGGAAAAUUCUUAUGUGGUUUAAUUACGUUGAAGUGUAAAGCUUUAGGAAUGUGCUGAAUCGCAAAGAACAAUUUCAAUUUUGACAAAAAAAUUUUGUUGUGAAUUGUAUAGUUUGAUUACUUCUUGCCAACCCUACUACCAUAUUUUGAAGUGG